UCCAUCCUGCAUCCCCUGCAGCUGUCCCAGGAUGAGCAUGGCAGGCUUGGUGCUCCUGUGGCUAGCACUGAGCACUGGGGCUGCUGUGGCUAAGUCAGAAGGAAGCGGGCUCUGCUUACGGAGCCAGGUGCUCUUCAGAGACGCUUGUUAUGAAUUCCUGCCACUGGGACAUCCCUUCCAGGGUGCCCAGGGCUGGUGUGAGGGGCACGGAGGCCAUCUGGUCUUCAUUCGGGAUGAAGAAACUCAGCGGUUCCUGCAGAAGCACGUUACCCAGAACAGAGAAUGGUGGAUUGGACUCACAGGAACCUCAGCACCCAAUGGCACCAAGGGAGGCUCUGCGACCUGGCUGGACACUACAAGGGUGAACUACAGCAACUGGCAGGAAGGGCAGGCCACACCUGCCCCAGGGACCUGUGGCUACAUCAAGAGUGGAUCUUCAUCCCAGUGGGCUGCCUUAGAGGAUUGUGCCCGGCCCCUUGCCUUCAUCUGCGAGUUUGGGGUUGGCCGUAGCCUGGCCUGUGAGGGCCACAACGCCACCAUGCACUGUGGCUCUGGAGAGGUCAUCCAAGUCCAGGAUGCUUUCUACGGCCGCCAGACCCCCUAUUUGUGCACCCGGGGUGUCUGGCCUCCCUCAGACCUGGAGGGAGAAUGUGGCUGGGUCGGCGUCAAGGAUGAGGUGGCAGGCCAGUGUCAAGGGCUGCAGGCAUGCCAGGUGGCUGCAGAUGGGACAUACUUUGGAGACCCGUGCCCCACGAGGGGCAGCUACCUGUGGGUGCAGUACCAGUGUCUGGAAGGCUUGCGGCUGGUGGUGCCCAAUGGGAGCUUCAUCUUUGACAAUGUCACCAUCUCCCUGACAUGGCUCCUUUCUCCCUACAUUGGAAACCUGUCCUGCAUACUCAGCAUGGGAGACGGCCACAUUCUUGACCCCUACUACCCACCCAGUGUGUCCAGCAGCGUGACCCACCAGUUUACCUCUCCUGGGGAGUUCACUGUGUUUGCUGAGUGUACGACCAGCGAGUGGCAUGUAACUGCUCAGAAGCAAGUGGUACUUCAAGACAAGGUGGAGAUGCCCCGUGUCACUGGGUGUGCUGGCCUGUCUGGAUCUGGAGCCGGCCUUCUCUGUCAGGUUGUUUUUGGGGAACCACUGUGGAUUCAGGUGGAUGUGGAUGGAGGAGAUGAUGUGACUUACGCUGUGCUUUCGGGUAAUAUAACUCUGGCUGAGUUUACCACCCAGAGGGGCUCGCAGCCUUACAAUCUGACUCUGGACAGAGAGAUCCAGAAACUGCUGGGCCCUGGGAAGCACCACCUGAAGAUCCAAGCUGUGGGUACCACCUCUGCCCCCUCUGGGAAUGUCACUGUGCACUUUGCGGAGCUGCUGUCGGGGCUGCAGGCCUCCUGGGCUUCUGACCAUGUGGAGCUUGGGAGGGACCUGUUGGUCAAUGUCUCGGUGGCUCAUGGUACCCUGGAGGAGCUGACUUUUGAGGUGGUGGGACUCAACGCAAACUUCUCCCAGAAGGAAGACAGUGUUGGGCGACCCUCUGGAACCUACCGCGUGGCGGUUCCUGUUGAAGGCACUUUUCUGGUCACUGCGCAUGUGCGGAACGCUUUCUCAGACUUGAGCUUGGACAUUGGAAACAUCACAGUCACAGCCCCUUCCAGUCUCCAAGAACCGUCUGGAAUAAAUGCUGAAGCAAAGAACGGAGACAGUGGGAAUCUGAAGGUGUUCACUGAGCCUGAACUGUUCGUGGACCCUUUCACAGAAGUCACACUGGGCUGGCCAGAUGAUGACCCAGGCUUGGACUUUCGCUGGUCCUGUGGACAUUGCUGGGCGCAGUGGAACGACUGUGUGGAGAGGCACCUGCUCCACACAGACCAAAGGCUGCUGGUGCUCCAUUCCUCCUGCCUGCCACCUGUCAACUCUGCUGUCACCCUGCACUUGGCUAUCCUAAGGGACCAGGAACUGGAGAAAGAGACAGAACAGUGCCUCUAUGUGUCUGCUCCCCUGGAACUUGGGCCUCAAAUCAGCUGUGAGAAGAACUGCCGGCCAGUGAAAGCUCACCAAGAUAUUCUGCUCACAGCCACUGUGGCAGAUGAAACCCCAGCGGCCACAUUCAGCUGGUACUUAGACACCUCCUCAUCAGAGAAGGCUGAGCCCCUCCCAGUUGUCUGCAGACUCAGAGGAUUUUGGCCACGCUCGCUGACCCUCCUUCUCAGCAACUCCUCUAUGCUGUUGCUGAACAGCAGCUUCCUGCAGACCUGGGGGCCUGUUAUUCGCAUCCGGGUCACAGCUCUGACAAGCCAUUCCUAUGGGGAAGAUACCUAUGUGAUCAGUACGCUACCUCGACCUGAGGUCCCUGCCUGCACAAUAGCCCCGGAGGAGGGUACUGUACUGACAAGCUUCGCUCUCUCGUGCAACACCUCCACAGCCCCGGGCCCCAUGGAGUACUGCUUCUGUCUGCAGACAGGUUCCUGCCUCCACUGUGGCCCCAAACCAAGCCUGCCUGCUGUGUACCUACCACUUGGAAAAGAAAAGGAUGGCUUUGUCUCGACAGUGGUCAUCUCUGUCACCAACCAGGCAGGAGACAGAGAGCAGACCCAAGUGGCAGUUAAGGUGGGACACGGUGACACCGGUGUUGAAGAGGUGACAUUCCAAAAUAUUGUGUCAGAGAGAAUCACCACGGCUCUGCAAGAUGAGAGUGGGCAUGAACAGCUUCUCCUAUUGGCCAAGGCUGUGUCCUCUGAGCUUAACCAGGAGGACCAGAGCCCAGGUGCUGGGCAGCUUAGAAUGGGUGUCAAGCAGAAGGUCAGAGAGCUUCUGCUGAGAUCACUGUCCCUGGUCACCACUGGCCUAGAGAACAUGCAGAGGGUCCAAGGUUUGGCUGAGGCGCUGAGAGAGGUGACUCACCUCAGCGAGGAACUCACCCCUGUGGCCCAGUGGGAGGCCAGCCGGGCUCUGCAGCAUUCCACUGAAGCCCUGUUGGCAGCCAGUGCCAAGGUUCCUCCUGAGGAUCAUAGACGCCAGGAAGCCACCAGGGCCAUGCUUCAGGCAGUGGGGAGUGUACUGGAAGCUUCUGUCAGCCAUGGAUCAGAAGAGCCCAUGGAGGCCAGCAGCAGCCAGGUGGGUGCUCUGGACCAGGCUCUCAUUGGGUCCCAGCUGCUUCAGAUUGUGGACCAUUUGCAGACUGCUCUUCUACUGGGGACAUUGCCAGGGGGCCUUCCGGCCAUCCUGGCCACGCCCUCCAUCUCUGUGUACACAGACAGAAUUCAGCCACGGAAUUGGCAAGGCUCGUCAGUGCAUACUGCCACCAAUGACUCUGUGAACUUCACCCUGCCUGCCACCUCUCUCCGCCUUAGGGAGGACAGCCAGGAGCCUGUGGACAUAAGGAUGGUGAGUUUCUCACAGAACCCCUUCCCUUCCGGAAGCCGGUUUGAUGUCAGUGGAACUGUGGGUGGACUCCACCUGACCAGCCCCAGUGGCCAUGCCAUCCCAGUGAAGAACCUGUCACAGAAUAUCGAGAUCCUGCUGCCCCGGAUUUCAGAACAUAGCAAGCCAACGAUGCUGAGCCUGGGCACCCCAGAAGUUCUGUGGGUGAAUGUGACCGUAGGGGAUGCAGCUCUGGGGAUCCAGCUGCACUGGGGACCUGGAGUCCCACUCACACUCAGGCUGGGCUAUGGCUACCACCCCAAUGAGACCAGCUACGAUGCCCAAACAGACCUGCCUCCUGUGGCUGCCACAGGUAAGCCCCCCACAUGGAUCCUGGGUCCACAGGAUCUGCCCUUCGGAGAAGGAGCCUACUAUUUGAGCGUGGUCCCCAAGGAUGACCUGGAGUCCACCUCUGGCAGGAACCUCACAGUUGGCAUUACCACCUUCCUGUCACAUUGUGUAUUCUGGGAUGAAGCCCAGGGGACCUGGGACAACUCUGGGUGCCAGGUGGGCCCACGAACCACCACCUCCCAGACACACUGCCUUUGCAACCACCUCACCUUCUUCGGAAGCACGUUCCUGGUGAUGCCCAAUGCCGUCGACGUUCACCGGACUGCCGAGCUCUUUGCAACCUUUGAGGACAACCCCGUGGUGGUUACCACAGUGGGCUGCCUCUGCGUGGUCUACGUGCUGGUAGUGAUCUGGGCCAGGAGAAAGGACAUACAAGACCAGGCCAAGGUAAAAGUCAUAGUGCUGGAGGACAAUGAUCCUUUCGCCCGGUAUCACUACCUGGUGACCGUCUACACCGGACACCGACGAGGGGCGGCCACAUCUUCAAAGGUGACUCUCACCCUGUAUGGCUCGGAUGGAGAGAGUGAGCCCCACCACCUGUCAGACCCGGAUGCUGCAGUUUUUGAGCGAGGAGGGGUGGACGUUUUCCUGCUUUCCACUCUGUUCCCCCUGGGAGACCUGCGGAGCCUCAGGCUGUGGCAUGACAACUCUGGGGACCGGCCAUCAUGGUAUGUGAGCCGGGUGCUGGUGUAUGAGCCCGUCAUGGACCGGAAGUGGUAUUUCCUCUGCAACUCUUGGCUGUCCAUCGAUGUCGGAGACUGUGUCCUUGACAAGGUGUUUCCUGUGGCCACAGAGCAGGACAGGAAGCAGUUUAGCCACCUGUUUUUCACAAAAACCUCCACGGGCUUCCAGGAUGGACACAUCUGGUAUUCAGUCUUCUGUAACUCCACUCGGAGCAGCUUCACACGUGUGCAGAGGGUGUCCUGUUGCUUCUCGAUGCUUCUCUGCACCAUGCUGACCAGCAUCAUGUUCUGGGGUGUCCCUAAGGACCCCGCUGAGCAGAAGAUGGACUUGGGCAAAAUUGAGUUCACUUGGCAGGAGGUGUUGAUUGGAUUGGAGAGCUCCGUCCUUAUGUUUCCGAUCAACCUCCUGAUUGUCCAGAUCUUUCGGAACACCCGACCUCGGCUCCUAAUGGAGAAGGAUGGGAAAGGGGAGCAGGGACCCCCUAACCUGACUCCCUCACCGCAGCCCAUGGAGGAGGGACUUCUGACACCUGAAACAGGUAUACAACAGCUCAUCAGCUCCCUGUUUAAAGCCCUGAAGGUGUCGCCCCCAGCCUCAGGCUGGGACCCCAUGAACCAAAUGGACAUUAACUACCUCCUCACCUUGAUGGAAGACAUCAUCUGUCCAGAGGACGCAACAGGACAAGAAGUCUGGGAGGGAGCCAAAGGGAGAGAGGAGCCUUUCACCUUCACCCGUGGGUCUGUACAACACAAAGAGAGCACAUGGCACCCCAAGUCCAAGCUGGUGGUGAGUGGCCUUUGGAAGGACAGCAUCUACGGGCAGUGUCUCUACCUUCAACUGGAGCACGUGGAGAGGGAGCUACGGCUGGUGGGGCCCCAAGGCUUCCUGCAUCGCCACAGCCAUGCCCAGGCCCUCAGGCAGCUACAUGUCCUGAAGGGCCACCUCUGGGGACAGCCUGGCAGCCCAGCACUAGCACAUUCCAGCACUCCUCAGGCCAGCAAGACCCCCCGUGGCCUGCCCUGGUGGUGUGUCCUAGUGGGCUGGCUCCUGGUGGCAGCCACCAGUGGGGUGGCAGCCUUCUUCACCAUGCUGUAUGGCCUGCACUAUGGUAGGGCCAGCUCCUUCAAGUGGCUCAUCUCCAUGGCUGUCUCCUUUGUGGAGAGUGUGUUCGUCACCCAACCCCUGAAGGUGCUGGGCUUUGCUGCUUUCUUUGCGCUGGUCUUGAAGAGAGAGGAUGAUGAAGAGAUCUUACCCCCAUUGCCAGGACAUCUGUCUGGCCCAGGCCCCUGUGCCUUGUACCGAACACGAAGACGUAGCAGCAAGGAUGCUUACCAGCCUCCGCUCACCACCGCCAUUGAGAAGAUGAGAAGCACUCGUCUCAAGGAGCAGAAAGCAUUCUCUCUCAUCAGAGAAAUCCUGGCUUACCUGGGCUUCCUGUGGAUGCUGCUGCUGGUGGCCUAUGGGCAAAGGGACCCCAGUGCUUACCACCUCAACAGACACCUGGAACACAGCUUCACUCAAGGCUUUUCAGCUGUUCUGGGCUUCAGAGAGUUCUUCGAAUGGGCCAACACCACUCUUGUGAAGAACUUAUAUGGUCAUCACCCAGGCUUUGUCACUGACGGGAACUCCAAGCUGGUUGGCAGUGCCCACAUUCGCCAAGUGAGGGUCCGGGAAAGCUCUUGUUCUGUGGCCCGGCAGUUACAGGCUUCUUUUGGUGGAUGCCAUGCACCGUACUCCCUGGAUGUUGAAGACCUGGGCGACUAUGGGGAAAGCUGGAAUGCCUCUACCUACAAUAACAGCAAUGGCUUCCCUUGGGCGUGGCAAUACCAGAGCCAGAGCCAACGCCAGGGUUAUCCCAUGUGGGGCAAACUUACCGUGUAUGGGGGAGGAGGCUAUGUGGUCCCCUUGGGAACUGAUCGCCAGAGUGCCUCAAGGACCCUCCAGUACCUCUUUGACAACAGCUGGUUGGACACCCUGACCAGAGCAGUGUUUGUGGAGUUCACUGUCUACAACGCCAAUGUCAACCUGUUCUGCAUUGUCACACUCACUCUGGAGAACAGCGCCCUGGGUACCUUCUUCUCACAUGCGGCCCUGCAGAGUCUGCGCCUGUACCCCUUCACUGAUGGCUGGCAUCCCUUCGUGGUGGCAGCCGAACUCAUUUACUUCCUCUUCCUCUUCUACUACAUGGUAGUGCAGGGCAAGCUCAUGAAGAAGCAGAAGUGGGGUUACUUUUGCAGCAAGUGGAAUCUUCUGGAACUGGCCAUCAUCCUGGCCAGCUGGAGUGCCCUGGUGGUGUUUGUGAAGAGGGCUAUUCUGGCAGAGCGUGACCUCCAGCAUUACCGGAAGCACAGGGGCGAGGGGGUCAGUUUCAGUGAGACAGCAGCAGCCGAUGCUGCGCUGGGUUACGUCAUUGCCUUCCUCGUCCUGCUGUCCACAGUGAAGCUCUGGCACCUGCUCAGGCUGAAUCCCAAAAUGAACAUGAUCACAUCAGCACUGCGCCGUGCCUGGGGGGACAUUUCCGGCUUUAUCACUGUCAUCCUAAUCAUGCUCUUGGCCUAUUCCAUUGCGUCAAACUUAAUAUUUGGUUGGAAGCUCCGUUCCUACAAAACCCUCUUUGAUGCAGCAGAAACAAUGAUCAGCCUUCAGCUGGGGAUCUUCAACUACAAAGAGGUCCUGGACUACAGCCCAAUUCUCGGCUCCUUCCUCAUUGGGUCCUGCAUAGUUUUUAUGACAUUUGUGGUGCUGAAUCUGUUUAUCUCUGUCAUUCUGGUGGCUUUCAGUGAGGAGCAAAAACAUGACCAGGUAUCAGAGGAUGGAGAGAUUGCAGAUUUGCUUUUGAUGAAAAUCCUCAGCUUUCUGGGCAUCAGAUGUAAAAAGGAAGAGCGUCAGAGCAGCAGUGAACAGCCUGAGUUGUCCUUCCAGGCUCUGUCCCCUCAACCAGCACAAGCUCUCUCUGGGGUUUAA